GCCAGCGUCCAGAAUGCCAGUUCCAACUGAUUUAUCACCAUACGUUCCUCAACUUCUCAUCAAUGUCUUCAAGCGCUACACAACCUGCUAUAUUCAUCGCCUUCCGUUGGAAAUCAUCGUGGACUGGAUAAUAAUACAUCUCUCGAUUGAGGAUGUCAUCAGGUUGAGACGGGUCGACAAGUCCUUCUUCCUAACCACUCAUGACCCCAUCAUCUGGAGGCGCUUUCUCGAACGGCUAAAUAUCCCAAUACCUCCCAUUCGUCCCAACUUUCGUUAUACGCUUGAAGCUACCGAUUUCGAGAUAGAGCAGAUCGUUACUCGAGCUGUGUGUGCAGAUGAUAACUGGAGAGGGCCUACCCCGAGAUUGUUGAGCAAGGAAAUCGUAUCCGCGUUCCAGCAGGUAUUGGAACUCAAGCUUCUCCCCGGUGGCCGUUACUUGGUGGCAUCUAUCAAGGAUGUCCUCAGUUAUCGGUUUUGGCUCUGUAUAUAUGACCUUGAAACUCCCCACGGACUUGGUCAGGCGUUGAUAGCGAGGAGACUGGUUCCUUCGAAAGCGUAUAACAUCCAUGCGAGGUUCGAUAUGAAAGGAGGGAUUCCGGGAAUCACGAUUAUCCUCUCUGUCAGGCUUCCGAAGGACAAUAAUUAUCAUGGGCAAGAUCCAGCGACUUGGAGUUCAGAAACCGACGUUCGUCCCCCAUAUCCACUUGCAUAUGAAUUGUGGAUCGUUCGGACUGCGUUGGGAGAUCUCGAACGCCUGUCAGAUCCAACAAUGGACCACGGUUCACCCCAGUUUGCAGAAAUGGUGAAGGGGUUGGCCGAGCCGCUUCAAGUCGACUAUAUUUUUGAGGCCGACGCACCCAUAGAGAAUGCGUCCCUUUUCGAUAAGGAUGGUGUUUGUUGGGGCAGUUUCUCUGUUCAGGACAAGAUCAUUAUUCACGACUUGGACAAGGAAGAGACUACAUUACAAACCAUCCGAGAUCCUUCAUUUCCGUACAAUGAACAUCGUAUACGUGCUGUUCGAGUUUUACCUCAGCAGAAUCGAGUACUUGUCGUGCGCACUGUGUUGCUAGGGGAGAUAGUGGGACACGAUUCUCAUCUUAUCGAGGUUUAUGACCUCCCGAAAAAGGACGAUGCAGCUUACCUCGAACAUCUACAAGCUCAAAAUGUACAAGAAUUCCAAUUUCCUCGUCAAGUUCACCCAGUGGACCGAGUCUACAUUGAAGGGAAAACUGUCACCAGCUUCCACAUAUCCGAUUACCCGACUAUCCCUCGAGCCGUUGACCUUCCACAGUUAUACGAACGGAGAGACAACACUGCCUUGACACCCAUUUCGAUCUACGCUCGGACCAGGGGUCCUCUUGGCAUAUUACACUACGAGAUAUUCCCUAUCAUGGAUCCACUAACUAAUGAAUGGCAGUACGCCCUCGACUCUGUCAUCCCACAAACUGUACACGAGAACGAAUCAAUGGAUACGCGUGUCAUUCCUGGUAUAUCCCGUUCGCUGAUUUAUACCGUUCCCGGCGACGACCGUACGAGUCAUCCCAAACUCCUUUCGUUGAGAAGAUAUUUCAACCCUCGAUAUGCCCCCGAUUCUUAUAAACCUUACGCUGUGAAGGAUCAUCUUCAGGUUCCUGUACUUGGGAAGGAGAGGUUCCCGACUCCCAAAUUGCUUUACAGAUCCUUCGUUGCGUGUGAUCCUUCAUAUAACGGAAUCACCGAGAGUGGGGUUUCAGCGAUUACUUGGGAUGAAGGUACGGGAAGGGUGUGUAUAGCUGCGUUGGAGGAUAUGAAGAUUGUGGUUAUGGAUCUUGGGAAGACGGUCGUUUGGUCGGACCGGAGGUUUGGGGAUUGGCAGAGGGCGGUGCAGUUGUUGAGGGAGUCGCAGAGGAUUAAUUGGGCGUCGCAGGCUGAGACGGGGGUUGGGAUGGGGUCUUUGUUGAAUAUGUAAGAUGAAGGUGUAAUAAGACGGUCAUUUGAACCUUUAAUUGAUUCCGCUAGCG